AUGGCGCCCGCGUGGAGGCUGGAGAGGUGCGUGGGCAUCGUGACGUCGCUAACCAACGGGCUGUCGGAGAGAGAAGCUAACGAUGCCCUCAAUGCCCACAUAUGCAAAGGAACCCCCCAGCACGAGGAGAUCUGCCUGGGUCUCUUCACUCUGGUCUUGACGGAACCUGCCCAGGCGCAGAAGUGCUACCGGGACUUGGCACUGGUGAGCCGAGAUGGCAUGAACAUCGUUCUCAACAAGAUCAACCAUAUUCUCAUGGAAAAAUACUUGAAGCUGCAGGACACCUGUCGGACCCAGCUGGUGUGGUUGCUGCGGGAGCUGGUGAAGAGCGGGGUGCUCGGUGCGGACGGCGUCUGCAUGACCUUCAUGAAGCAGAUUGCAGGUGGGGAUGUGACGGCGAAGAACAUCUGGCUGGCCGAGAACGUCCUGGAGAUACUGACUGAGCAAAGAGAGUGGGUGCUGAAAAGCAGCCUCUUGAUAGCCAUGGCGGUGUACACGUACCUGCGGCUCAUCGUGGACCACCACGGCACGUCCCAGCUCCAGGUGCUUCGUCAAAAGGAGGUGGAUUUCUGCAUCUCCCUCCUCCGUGAACGGUUCAUGGACUGCUUCAUGAUCGGCCGGGACCUUGUGCGGCUGCUGCAAAACGUUGCAAGGAUACCCGAGUUUGAGCAGCUCUGGAAGGACAUCAUCCACAACCCGCAGGUCCUCAGCGCGCAGUUCACAGGUGUCCUGCAGCUCCUCCAGUCGAGGACUUCUCGCAAAUUCCUGGCGUGUCGCCUCACUCCCGACAUGGAAACCAAGCUGCUCUUCAUGACCUCACGGGUCCGGUUCGGCCAGCAGAAGCGGUACCAGGACUGGUUUCAGCGGCAGUACCUGUCCACCCCAGACAGCCAGUCCCUGCGCUGCGACCUCAUACGCUACAUCUGUGGCGUGGUGCACCCCUCCAACGAGGUGCUCAGCUCCGACAUCCUCCCGCGCUGGGCCAUCAUUGGGUGGCUGCUCACCACCUGCACGUCCAACGUUGCUGCUUCGAAUGCCAAACUGGCCCUGUUCUAUGACUGGCUCUUCUUCAACCCCGAGAAGGACAGCAUCAUGAAUAUAGAACCUGCCAUUCUGGUGAUGCAUCACUCCAUGAAGCCUCACCCUGCCAUCACCGCCACGCUGCUGGAUUUCAUGUGCCGGAUCAUUCCCAACUUCUACCCACCGCUGGAGGCUCACGUCCGGCAAGGCGUGUUCAACUCUCUCACCCACAUUGUGGAGAAGCGAGUCCUUGCACAUCUGGCCCCUCUCUUCGACAACCCCAAGCUGGACAAAGAGCUCCGCGCCAUGUUGAGGGAGAAAUUCCCGGAGUUCUGCAGUUCGCCCUCGCCCCCCAUCGAAGUAAAAAUUGAGGAACCCGCUUCCAUGGAGAUAGACAAUCAUAUGUCGGAAAAGGACGAUGGUUGCUACGACAACGCCGAGGCCGCGUUCAGUGAUGAUGAAGAUGACUUGAACAGCAAAGGGAAGAAGAGGGAGUUCAGGUUUCAUCCGAUCAAAGAAAGCUUUGUGGAGGAGCCUGUUGAUAUCACUCCCUUCCUGGACCAGCUGGAUGAGUCACUGAAGGAUAAAGUCCUGCAGCUGCAGAAGGGAAGCGAUACGGAAGCUCAGUGUGAGGUCAUGCAGGAAAUCGUGGAUCAAGUCCUGGAGGAGGACUUCGACUCGGAGCAGCUAUCGGUGCUCGCAUCCUGCCUCCAGGAGCUAUUUAAGGCUCACUUCCGUGGUGAGGUUUUGCCAGAAGAAAUCACGGAGGAGUCUCUGGAGGAGUCGGUGGGGAAGCCUCUCUACCUGAUCUUUAGGAACCUCUGCCAGAUGCAGGAGGACAACAGCGGUUUCUCUCUGCUGCUGGAUCUCCUGUCGGAGCUCUAUCAGAAGCAGCCCAAGAUCGGCUACCACCUCCUGUACUAUUUAAAAGCCAGCAAAGCUGCAGCCGGGAAGAUGAACCUGUACGAGUCCUUCGCCCAGGCCACGCAGCUGGGGGACCUGCACACGUGUCUGAUGAUGGACAUGAAGGCCUGCCAGGAGGACGACGUGCGGCUGCUCUGCUACCUCACCCCCUCCAUUUACACAGAGUUCCCGGACGAGACCCUGCGAAGCGGCGAGCUGCUGAACAUGAUUGUAGCUGUCAUCGACUCAUUCCAGGAUCACCAGUGGGUGACCCAGUUCCCCUUGUUGCUUUUUGACUGCACUUCGGCUCGCAGCCUUCAAAGCCUGGACUGGGAGACCUUUGAGCAGUACUGCACCUGGCAGCUCUUCCUGGCGCACAGCAUUCCUCUGGAGACCAUCAUCCCCAUCCUGCAGCACCUCAAAUACAAAGAGCACCCAGAGGCCUUAUCCUGCCUGCUGCUGCAGCUGAGGCGAGAGAAGUAG